CAUAAUUUGUGUGUUCACAACACUGCACCUGGGUUUGAAAAAGCUGCAUUCAAGGUUCAUGGACCAACAUUGAGGUUUUUGUUUUCUUCAAGUAAGUUAAACCAGUGUGUUGCUAUGGAUGAAAGUGGAAUAAGGAAGAGAAAGGAGUCACAGAAUGGCUCCACUGACCUUACCAAAGACAACAAGGAGGUGGUGAAGGCCACUGCUCUCCAAAAAGAUGUUGGUCUGCUGAGUGGCAUUUGUCUCAUUGUGGGGACUAUGAUUGGCUCAGGCAUUUUCAUUUCCCCAAAGUCUGUUUUGCUGUACUCGGGAGCUGUGGGACCUUGCCUCCUAAUCUGGACUGCUUGCGGCGUGUUAUCUACUCUUGGAGCACUGUGUUAUGCUGAACUUGGAACCAUGAUCACCAAAUCAGGCGGCGAGUACCCCUAUUUAAUGGAGGCUUUUGGCUCUAUUGUUGCCUACCUUUACUCCUGGACAACUAUUAUGGUGUUAAAGCCGUCAUCCUUUGCUAUCAUCACACUGAGCUUUGCAGAAUAUGCCUCUACUCCUUUCUACCCUGGCUGCUCUCCACCUCUAAUUGUCACCAAGUGUCUAGCAGCAGCGGCUAUAUUGAUCAUCACAUCCAUCAACUGUUUAAGUGUCAAACUGGCAAGUUAUGUGCAGAACUUCUUUACUGCAGCCAAACUUUUAAUCAUUCUUAUCAUAGUUGGAGCUGGAAUCGUUAUGUUGGCACAAGGAAAAACAGAGAAUUUUUCAAAUGCUUUUGAUGGCACUGCAACAUCUUUUGGAGCAAUUGGACUUGCAUUUUAUAAUGGGCUUUGGGCUUAUGAUGGAUGGAACCAACUAAAUUUCAUCACAGAAGAGCUAAAAAACCCAUUCAGGAACUUGCCACUGGCGAUUGUCAUUGGGAUCCCUUUGGUUACUGUGUGCUAUGUUUUGGUCAAUGUUGCUUACUUCACUGUUAUGACCACAACUGAACUGCUUUUGUCUCCAGCGGUUGCUGUGACUUUCGGAGACAGAGUCCUUUACCCAGCAUCUUGGAUUGUUCCUCUCUUUGUUGUCUUCUCAACAUUUGGUUCUGCCAAUGGAAGCUGCUUCACUGCUGGCAGAUUGGUCUAUGCAUCUGGCAGAGAAGGACACAUGGUGAAAAUCUUAUCCUACAUUAAUGUGAAACGCUACACUCCUGCUCCUGCUCUUAUAUUCAAUGGUGUUUUGGCUAUUUUCUACACUAUUCCAGCAGAUAUCAACACCCUCAUUAACUACUUCAGCUUUGCUCAGUGGUUUUUCUAUGGGCUGACAGCACUGGCUCUCAUAGUCAUGCGCUUCACUAGAAAGGACCUGGACAGACCAGUUAAGAUACCAGUGGUCUUAGCAGGCAUAAUGGUCCUGGUGUCCUGCUACCUGGUCUUGGCACCCAUCAUUGAUAAGCCAGAGCUGGCAUAUCUUUACUGUACCAUCUUCAUCUUCAGUGGUCUUAUCCUUUACUACCCAUUUGUCUACCGAAAAGUGAACUGGGGGCGCAAAAUCAUGAGGCCCAUCACUAUGCAUCUCCAGCUGCUAAUGGAUGUAGCUCCUGCUGAGAAAACUGAAUGAGAAGGGAUAACGCGUUUCGGUGUCUACAGGGUAAUGAAAAAUGUUCUGUCUAGUUUUGGAAACAGGAAGUGUGCUCAAAGGGUUAGAGCCACAUUUUGGAGCUCAUUCCUCUGCAAAAGCAGGAUGAAAUGAAAUAAUUUAAAUUUGUUGGUUCAGGGCUCAGAAAUUGUGUUUAUAUAGAAUGA